AUGGCUAGUGAAAAAACCAAAAACGUAAGAGAGCUAGAAGCAGCACUUGGGCUGCUGAAGCUGAGUGGAUUCCAGAUGAAUAGAUACUGCGCUGGAAAGCAAAUGAGAAAGACAAGACUGCAAACAUGUGUUCUGAAUAGAAUAUUCGAGAUAUCGAAGUUUCCUUCGUCAAAAACAAUUAUUGACUUGGCAUUGCUUAUCAAUGUCCAUCCAAAGUCCAUUCAAAAAUGGUUUCAGAACACAAGACAGGCUAUAAGGAAAAAAGGACACAUGAAAGGAAUUCUCCUUCUCAUGGAACCCGAAGAGCACAACUCCAUGGACAUACCUCUUCCAAUCCUAGCAGAUAUUGUUGAAAUGGAGAAACGUGUCAUGUCAAGAUUCGGGCUGGAGUGA